AUGUAUGGUACUACGAGCACCGAGCUCGCUGCACCCGGUAUUGGCGACCUUACUGGGGUAGCGAAUCCUCAUAACGGCCUGGCUAAUGACCCGGGUGCCGCCACGACGCACGACGUGUUCGGCGUGCUACCCAGCACGACCGACGCAUCUGGCUUCAUCGCAAAGACACGAUUGUCGUCUACGCCGAGCCCGUCGCUCUGCGUGCACGACAAGACCGACAUUCGCAACCAUGACCAGGUCGCCGUCGACGUACCCAGACGCACGUCAGCGAUGUCUCCUUCGUCAAGGUGCGAGUCCAUCAUCGAUACUAUGCCCUGCGACGCAGCCGGAGUGCAAUCAAGCACGCUCGGCGCGUCCACAUCUACCUUCAAGGCAUACUCGUCGAGUACGGCGAGUUCAUCACUCACCAUGCACAGCAAGCCCACCACCUGCGAUGACGUCGCCAUCGACGCGCCCAGAAGUACGUCGAUCGACGCAUCCACAUCGAUGUAUACCAACAUCAGCGACGACGCCGCGAUCGACACGCUCAAAAGCUCGUCGAUCAGCUUGUCGACACUGCGGCCCACAUCAGCGUCGACCUCCACCUCAACGGGAUGCAAGGCUCCCAUCAAGGAUCCGUCCGACGGCCUGGCUAACGAGCCCAGCGCUGUCGCGACGCUCGACGUGUUCGGCGUGCAGCUCAGCAUGACCGACGAAUUACGUCGACUCGGAGCUCGAGGCUUGAUGUAUUAUCUGUCGAUGAGUCUUCGAAUGCACGCUUAUGCCUUGAUGCGCACGCAUUCGGUACCCAUCCCAGUAGAUGGUACAGCGAACAAUGAGUUCGUUGCACCUGCUGCUGGCGAUUCAGUCAGGGUACUGAAUCUUCGCGAUGAGUUGGUCAACGAGCCCACCGUCACGAAGUACGACGUGUCCGGAGUGCAAACGAGCACGACCGGCGCGUCUUCUUCAUAUACUACAACACCUGCUCUUCGUACAGAGAGCACGCCGAGCUCGAGGCUUGACGUGUUCACUGUUGACGAGCCUAGCAACGCGCGCAACGCACGCUCUAACGUGCUCGCCGCGUAUCUCAAACCCCAUGUACUGGCAAGCUCAACGAUCACUGCACAUGGCAAGCACAACACUCUCGAUGAUGUCGCCAUCGAUGUACCUCUGAGCACGUCGAUCGACUCAUCCGCAUUGUCGAUCACACCUACUCCGACAAGGGGCAAGACCAGCCCGGUCAAGGCUCCGUCAAGCGACGCAGUCAGCGUGCGAUUGAGCACGACUGGCUCGUCCUCCUCUAUCAAGAUGCUGUCAUCGAGCAGAGCGAGCCCUUCGCUCGCUGCAUAUGGCGAGACCGACACCGGUGACAACGCCGUGAUCAACGCGCCCAAAAGCUUGUCGAUCAGCUCAUCGACAUCGCGGCCUGCACCAGCGUCGACUGCCUCUACGUCAACGGGAUGCAAGGCUCCGGAUUUGACACUGGCCAUGUUGUCCAGCCUCAAGAACUCGGCCAUGAUGGACGAGAGCUCGACGAAGGACACUCGUACGAGCGGUACAGGCCUCCCGCACUACGUGAUCAGGCCCCAGUCCGUGCACACCAGGAGUCAAGCUCGCAGGCGCAGGAACCUUCGGCCGACGAGCAAGGCCAAAACCGGCCUGCGCUUGAGUCAAAAGUUGGAUGACACAUCCACCUUGGAUAUACCGACAUAUUCUUGGCCGGAAAACUGCUGCACGUACGAGGAGCUGAGCUCGAACGUGCGCCCUACAUCCUCCAUCAAGACGUUGUCGCCGAGCAUAGCGAGCUCGUCGACACCACUGCACACGUCAGCUUCGACAAUCCCUGAGCACGACGGCGUGAAGAAACACAGUACACCCACUCUGUUGGAUGUACUGCCAUCUUCACGGUUGCCAGUCUUGUCGAAGACUAGGAAGCCGGGCAUGUCGUCCGACACAGGGACGAGCAAGUCCGUCAGCUUCGAUCACGGAAACCCACGCGGACGCAAGUCCAACCUCGGCGCAUUUGUGUCGAGUCCCUACACGUUGGGUACCCGCUGCACGUACGAAGAACCGACCUGGCAUGCGUGCAUGACCUCGACCACCAAGACCACCAAGCAGGUCAUCGAGCAAUCAAUGAGGCCCAGUACAUCCGAGUCGCCAGAUGUACUGACCUCAUCGUAUGUACUCGAUGGCUGA